AUGAAAUGGAAAACUAACUUCCCUCUAACAGAGAAUUGGCAUGGAGCUAAAUGGGCUCUCAUGGUUCUUUCGCUAUGGUGUCUUUUGCUGGAGAUGUUUACUGGAAAAAGGCCCACAAACAGCAUGUUCGAAGAUGACUUUUCCCUUCGUAACUAUGUGAAGAUGGCACUCCCAGAUCAAGCUAUGAGGAUUGCUGAUCCUAAACUAUCAUCAGAAUGCGAAACUGAGUCAGGCAUGAUGGCCACUGACACUCAGACCAGAUCAUGCGCCAGACAUAGGUUUGAAAAGUGCCUGGCUUCAAUUUUCCAUAUUGGGGUUACAUGCUCAGCUCAUUUGCCAGAGAGAAGGAUGCACAUAGCAGAUGUUUUCAUGGAACUGCAGGCUGCUAGAGACUUGUAUUUGAGGUGUGGAUAA